CAACAAAUUCGCUGCAGACGUUUUUUUAACCAAAAAAGUGAUGCAAUUCCGGGUGCUGUGUAAAAUAAAGCUUCAUUACUGCUGCAAUUUACUUGAAAAACCUGUAAGUUUUCCUGAUAUGAUACUAAUAAUGACUUUUAUCUUUCCUUCCAGGUUGCGUACACACGAAUGAAGACACUACGAAGCUCAACGUCCCAGCAACAUUUCUUCGAAAGCAAUCGAAGCGGUCCUUUCACUUGGGAAUCAAUUGGAAGAAAUAUCCGCUGGAACAAAUCGCACCAGAAGGCAAUACCUUCGUAACAAAUCUAUUUACACUCCCAAUACCACGGAUUGUAAAUUUAACGCCCUCUACGAUAAAAAAAAGAGUCGUACGCUUGUGCUCGUGUGGUGGUGAAUGGGACUGGCGGCAGUUGCAUCGGUGCCCGUGAAGAAAAGAUCCGAUGCAGUGGAAGAAAUGGCACCCGCUCUUACCGAGCCUCUAAGCCAAAGCAAACUGUCCUCCUCGGCCGCGUCGGGUGCCUCUCCGCGAACGAGCAGCAGCACAACGACACCGGCCGCCACGACAACGUACGACGGUACGACCAUCAUCACCGCACCGGACAAUGCCCACGCCGAGUAUCACCAAACACAAGCGCAGCAACAGUUGGAACAGUUCGUAGAUGCACAGCAGCAACACCAUCAAUCGCUUGCGAUCGUUGACGCAGUCGACGUUUCUGAGAGUGUAGUUGUACCUUCCACUACAGCAGCAGCGGCAGCACUACACGGCGGGAACGAGGGAACGGCCAUGAUGUCCCUGCCGUUGGGUGGUUCCAGCGACGGAGUUGUUGGCUCAACCAUUGUGGACGACAUACAGAACAACAACAGCGGCGAGCAGGGUUUGAAGCUGGACGCCGACACAAACCGAGACCUGAUCGAGAUUGCCCUGGAGCAGCUGCAUCAAGAAGCGGCCAUGGGUGGCGCAGGAGGGAACGGAACCGAAGCGCCCGUGGUGGGACCGAUGGCAGUGGACAACGUGGUGGAUAUGGCUGUCGUUGCCUCCCACUCCGGUGUAUUGCCGGGCAACAUGUUGCAGCUGCAGGAACAGCAGCUAAUGUCGAUGGAGCUGCCGCCGACGCAAAUGAUCGUUGCGCAGGACAAUUUUCAAGAUGCUCAACAGUUUCAGCAGCACCAGCAGCAACAGCAGCAACAGCAGCAGCAGCAGCAGCAACAACAACAACACAUACACCAGCUGCCCAGCAAUAUAAUGAGCAUCCCGCUCCAUGAUGCAUCCCAACCGUCCUCCUCUCUCGUGGGGGUCAGCGGUGUCAGCGGUAACGGCGAGCAUGCCAUGCAGCUGAGGGAUAGCAACGAAAUGGAUCAGAUGAUGCGCGAGCUAGCUACGAACGACAUUGAUCUGAUGCAGGUGUUUAAAAGCUUUGACCAAAACAGUCUGCUGCUUUUCGACGACGUGACGAAUCUGUGCGACGUGCCGGGCGCCGACGGUAGCCAGUCGCUCUCCUCGCCCAACAAGGAUCGCGAGCGGCUGGAGCAGCACGCGGAAAUCAUCAAGAUGCAGGCCCAGAUGCAGCGGAAACAGGACUUUCUGGCGCGGCGCCUCAGCAAGCUGACUGCCCGUUACAUGGGCCAGCACAUAAGCGAAGAGGUGGCCGGGCUGUUCGAGUACAGCCAGCGGUUCUGGAAAAAGCGCGAAAAGGAAACGGCCAAACAGCUGCACAACAUGAACAGCGGGCUGCCGGCCGCCGAGGGUACCACCGGCAGCACCUGUUGGCCCGACAUUAUCCCGUUUCAAGCGCCCCCGCCCGAUCCGACCCCGGAGAAGAUGAAACCCAUUUCGGCGAACGCGCUCAAAUCGUGCAUCAAGCGGCUCGAAUCGAUCGCGAACAAGAUCUGCUCGACGCAGAGCAAACGCGUCCUGAACAGUCGCUACUUUCAGGGGGUGAGCGGCAUCGGUACUGCCGAGGCAUCGCCGUCCACGAGUAGCAGUGGUGGUGUAUCCGAUCCGACCAAUGUCGCCAACAUCUCCAACACUAUUCCGCUGUUCGAACGGUCGGCCACGCAAGAUCUGGAGCAGACGGCAGGCAUGCUGUAUGCCGAGCUGCGGCAGGUACAGGCCACCAUCGAUUCAGACGCCACGCUCAGCAGUUCCGGUGGCGAAUCGGCGGACGAAUCAUUACCAUACACGAACGAGAUGCAGGAACCACUUCCAAUCAAGGAACGUGCCGCCUGGAGAUGGGCUAAUGAUCGCGCGUCCGUUGCAAGCAAGUGGACGUGGGUAGUGGCCCGUGUAGCGGAUCUGGAAUAUCGCAUCCGGCAACAUAACGAGGUGCUGUACAAAAUUCGCCAAAACAAGGGUCCUGUUGUGCUAGAGGAAACGCCCGGUGUCGAUGAUCAGCACCAGCAACAACAGCAGCAGCAAUCGGUAAAUGGAUAUCGCGGCCAGUUGCCGGGUAGCAGCAAACCCUCAACGUCGCACGCGACGAUCAGUGACGAAUCUGACGCCGAGAUGGUGUCCAGUUGUUCCCGGACGCGUCCCUACUGUCGGGCACGGUUCCGGAAGCGGAAGCUGAUGCAAACGCACAACAUGCACACCAUAUCGAAGCGUGCGGCCAAACCCAGCAAUGUCAAGUGCGGUUGCCAGUGGCCACUCCAACCCUGUGCCCUGUGCACGGGACGUACCGAUCCAACUGCGCUGAGGGAACCGCUGGACACGAUGACGUUCCCGGAACGUGUGGCACUGCUCGAUGCAAGCUUCCAUCCAGUAUUGAGUUUCCCAGAAGACAUUUCGCACAGCAUACAUCUGGAGGCAAUAAUGCGAAAGCCGGAAUGGCAAAGCAAAAUGAUUCGCAGCAAAGUCACACCUGCUAGUCUGCUAGAAUCGGUACCGGGAGCGACCGUACGCGGAGGAUUCUUCUCGUCUGGCGAUGAAAUGGCGCCAUCCUCCUCGCACGGCAAACGCUACGUCAGCUCGGACAGCAAGCGGAAGUACGAGUCGAUGACCAGUAACAAGUACAAGAGUAACGAUCGCUACACGGGUGAUAGUGGAAAUAAAUCGAAGAAAGCCAAAACCAAGCGGGAUGUGAUAAUUUCGAAUAGUCGUAAAUCCGGCGCGGGUUAUUCGUACGACGGCUCGCGGUCGGGCCCGAACGGGCACCGAAACAACAAGAACCAGCACGGUGUGAGCAAAUCGCGAAAAUCUUCCCAUUGUUAUGAGUACUACGAUGGCCAUGAGGGUGGCGUGAGUCGCAGCAGAAACACCUCACCAACGCCCAACAAUCGAAGCGAAAGACGGUAUCGUAACAGUGCUUACAACAUCGAUAGCAUCGUUAUUCCGAGCAUGCCCGCCUCUAGGGUGUCGCUACCACAAUACAAGGAUAUUGCUGUACCAAAGUGGCGUAUCAUAGACUACCAGGAAAAUGGGGACGAAUCGCUCAACAGUCAAAUGGAUAGCUCAGCAACCGCCAACGAACUUACGAUCGGCAUGGAGUUAUCCACGGAAGAAAAUCCGACAACGACGCCCGUGAAGGUUGACGGUGCGAUUCCACCGAACGGCACGAAAACGACCACGCCGUCGGCGACGAUCGUGCCCACCACUGGGUACGUUGAGGCGGCGUAUCAGCAGCAGCAGCUGAUUGUGAUACCGGCGCAGGACGAGGAAGAUAUCUCGGAGGAAACGAUCAUGCUGAAGCACGACCGAGCAUUGCAGGAGGAGCGCAAAAAGUUCCGUUCGGUCCUGAAGUUCCCGUGGAGCCGACCACGCGCUAAGCGGCGCACCGACAGCCGGGCCGGAUCAAGCGGCGGCAAUACACCGGACCCGACGUCGCCUGCACCGCCAACGCCAAUGGUGGAUCAUGAUUCAUCGCCGGCUUGUCCAUCAACUCCACUAACUCCACAGGAUGGACAGGAGCUAUCCGAAGCAAAUGUUAUGAAUGCGCUUAACAAGAGUCUCCACAAGAAAGAACGCCGUAGGACGGUGUCAUCAAAACGAGAGGAUCAACAUGCUCAAGGAGCAGGAACCAUUACACCGGAUACGCGUGAGGUUGUUUCGCCCUAUGAAGCGUUGCAGUUCCCGCUAGCAGACGAUAUCUUCGAAGACAUGCUGCGUUCGAUGCCGAGCGAUCACCUCGACAACGACUGUCUCAGCAAGCUAACCGGACGGAACGGUCUACCCUUCCGCCGUCCGCUGCAUCGCAACAACAACGUGCUGCUGAGGGUGAACUCGAGCGUUAAUCUGGCCCCGGCCAGCCUGGGCCUGAACAACCAGAACGCGCUCAGCUCAAACACCUCGACGGCGACGACCCUGUCGGCGACCGAGACCGAUCUGGAAGAUUUCGACGACGAGGAUCUGAUGCUGGCGAAGCGACGGGAGCAGGAGCUAAUCAUGCAGCGACUGCUGAACAGCCGCAAUGAGUCGCAGCAGUACGAAAUAGUGCCACCCUCCGCCAAACCGAUGCUCGACGACGACGAGGAUGCGAUCGACGACGAAGAAACGGAUACGGGCGAAUCGCUGUUCGUCGAGGAGGACGAUCCGAACGACCCGGAGUGGCACGACCGGCCAGCGGGUCGUGGCGGGGCAGGGGCAAGUGGCAGUGGUCCCGGAAAUGCCAGAGUUUAGCUGCAGAGAGACAGCAGGAGGGAUCUAAACUGUUAAGCUUAAGUAUGUUACGCUUCAUAAUGUAAACGGCUAUUUUUUUCUUGUUUUUUUUUACUACCAGUGAUCCCGUUGAGCUUUCUUGAUCGUUCUUCCGUGAUCUCUUUUACGGUGCGAAACGGCCGUAAACAUCGACAAUGGAGAAGAAAUCAGUGAUAUAGAUAUGCGGACAGAAAAGAGACGUGUUGUGCUUGUGCGUACAUAAACUUUUGGGACAUGGCAGCACUCACGCAAGUGCGAAUAUAAUGCUCUGACCGUAAAUAUCGCUCUGUAGAAGGCGUCAAGUAGCGGAUAGGGAUGAGUCUUCUUUUUUUUAGUUAGGUCCGCAUGUUCGGAUCCAGAUGAACAAAUGAAUCGGGUUGCGUUUCUCUCUUGCGCAUCCUCUUUUUAACUUACCACCCGAACCAAGAUUUUAUGCAUGCACAGAACCACAAUCUUUGCUUCCUAGGUGUGUCUAUUUCCAACACCAUCUUCUCGGUUUUGUCUAAUUUGACACCGUUUCGUUUCUUCUUGCGCGCGUGAAAACUAAUUUUCAAGUUUAAAAGUGUGGGAUCACACACAUAAUGCGUUAGUGUUUUUCCCCGAGGCGCGUGUAUGUGAAUAGUAAAAGAAAGGUUAAGUUUGUUUAAUGCAUUUAAAUAUUCAUCGCGUGUCGAAGAAUUGAAACACCAUUCUAAUUAGCGUUUUACUUAAAAUUUCUGUUAAGCCAGGGUUACUACGUGCGGACUCACACACACACAUCGAAUUUCAUCAAUAGCACUGUAAAUGUCCACGCGUACCGAGUUGAGGGUGGCCGAAGUUGUGAAUCAGAAUAAUGAAGAAUGGCUUGCUGUAAAUAGUGUAUGAAUAUAAUAAUACAUGUCUGGAAUUGGUUUGUAACAGAACAUUAGAAGCAAACAGGGCCAUCCUACGUGUGCACUUUGGCCGUAUGCAUUAUAUGUAUGCUUAGUGAGUUUCUUUCUUUUCAGCUCGAAAACAACUCCUCCUCGUUAUCGAGUAUAAAUCAUUUUAGUACAUAUAAUGAGCGCGCGCGCAGUUUUACCUUUCCUGUUUUGAUCUACCAGCUCUUUUUUUAUUAUUAACUGCUAGCAAUAUUUCAGUUACGUUUUGUGCGUGUUUAACACCUUCAAUUAGUGUAAGAAAUAGGGAGAGCGUGAAGGAGAUAAGGAUUUGCAGAUGAGUGUAGCAUUGGUAAUUGAUACUCCAUCAAUCGCCCUCAUCCUCCGCAUUGCUAUUGAAACACACAUACCACCCAUACUCCACACAUCUGAUAGCAGGUGAAUGCUUCGCUGAAUAGAUAUGUUUAAUAGAUAUGACACAGAAUUUAGCGACGCACAGUUGGAAGGGGAACAUUUUUUAAACAUUAUUUUGAAGAAAAAUGAGCUCCUGUAGCAAUGUUGUUCUACCUGCGCACGAAGCUAAAAGAGUGGUGUAUGAUAUAAUUAUUUAGGGGCAAUUUUACGCAUGGAAAAGGGUAAAUUUCCUCCACUCCAUCAGCCCAUAAAUUCAGCACCGAAAAUAUAUACCAGCAAAACCAAUAAAUUGGUCUUUGAAUAUUUCGCUGCUUCGGGAGCGAACGAUCGCCAUAACCCUCUAACUAAGAGACGAAACAAACUUAUUAAAAUAAAAACACACACUCUCACACACACAUUAAACGCUAAUACUACUACUAUGUGCAAAACAACACAGUGUUGUUGGCCUGAAAUAUAGAAAGCAUGUAAAUUUAGUCUAGUUUUUACGAUUAUAUAGAUGUAUAAAGUUCAAGGGAAAGUACCAUUUGGCAUCGAUCGAAAGCGAUCGAUGUAUAGUAGGGCAGGGACCGUACCACGUUGAUCAUUACUACACCAACACCACCACCAUCACGAGCACCAGCUAGGAUGAUUUUUCUGCUGGUAAUAAAUAUAACUUGGAUACAUUGUUGAGUGAGCUAGUGCAAACGCAAAUAGUGGAGAACCACCGGUGAAGGGGGGUCCUGUGGAUACGUGUGUGUUUUCGGUGUGUGUUGUAAAAUCACAUACUUUUAUGUAGAGUUAUGAGAGUAGCAGUUAUGUAAACCUGCUUUAUUAAACGAAAACGCUUCAGUGAUUGGGACAAAAUAUGGAAAGAGAGAGAGAGAGAAAGAAAGGAAUGAAUGCUAUGGAUGGACAGAAUGAACAGUAAAAGAGGGAAUUUGGAGGAAAUCGGAUAAUAUAGUUUCGUAACAAGAAAAUACAAAAAAAAUGUAUAAAAAUGGAAUUAUUACAAGUCGGCAAUAACAGCCCGGUAAAACAUA